AUGGCGCAGUUCAUUACGCUCGGCGGUCUUGGCCAGUCCGUAGCACCGCUUUUCAUCAUUGGCAAGGACUUGGGAGUGGCUCCAACGGAUCUUGGAACGAUGAGUUGGUACACUGCAGCAUUUAGCUUGACAGUCGGCGCGUUCAUACUGCCCGCCGGUCGUCUGGGAGAUAUGUACGGACACAAGCGCAUGUUCAUUGUCGGCUGGAUUUGGUAUGCUGUCACGUCGGUGAUCGUAGGCUUCAGCUAUGCGGCCAAAUCGAACGGCUCUAUAAUGCUCAGCGUCACACGCGGCUUCCAGGGAAUAGGACCCGCCAUCCUGGUGCCGAAUGCUAUGGCGCUCGUCGGUACCACUUUUCCCGUCGGCUUGAAGCGCAACAUGGUCUUCUCGGCAUUCGGCGCCUGCGGUCCCACUGGUUUUGUGUUCGGGGCUAUCUUCUCCGCUCUGUUAUCACAGUUCGCGUGGUGGCCCUGGGCGUUCUGGGUGCUCGCUAUACUCUGUGUUGGUAUGGCAGUUUUAUCGUUUAUGGUCAUACCUUGUCCGCCUCCACGACAGACCAAUACCUCGACAUUCGAUUUCGCUGGCGCUUGCACUGGUGUAUCAGGGCUUGUGCUGUUCAACUUUGCACUCAACCAGGCACCUGUAGUGGGCUGGGACAAAGCGUACAUACCAUUCACCCUCGGUAUGGGUGUGAUGCUACUCAUCGCCUUCGUCUAUCUUGAGAUGAACCACGCACAGCAAGCCUUGGUGCCCGUCCGAGGGUUAAGCAAAGAAGCUGUGCUAGCACUCUCAUGCAUCGCCGCUGGCUGGAGUAGCCACGGAAUCUGGCUCUUCUACCUCUUCCAGUUUGUCCAACGCUUCCGCGGAUCAAGCGCCAUUGCCGCCGCAGCACAGAUAUCUCCUGUUGCCAUCACGGGAGUCGGCUUCGCCAUGUCCGCUGGCUGGCUGGCCCGCAAGUUCAAAACAUCAUAUAUCAUGCUGUGCGCUAUGCUCGGCUUCUUCAUCGGCACACUGUUCCUUGCAUUUGUCCCCGUCCACCAAACUUACUGGGUUCUUACUUUCUGGAGUGUGCUUGUCAUGCCCAUUGGCAUGAACUGGAGUUUCCCGUCAGGCACUAUCUUGCUCAGCAAUGCCAUGGCCAAGGAACACCAAGGUAUCUCUGCCAGCUUGGUGUCCACUGUAGUCAAUUACAGUAUCAGCAUUGGCUUGGGUAUUGCAGGCACCGUUGAGAGAUACGUAAGUGAAAAACACGGCGGCCUGUGGGGGAUCCGAGGGGCGUGGUGUCUAGCACUCGGACUCGAUGCCAUCGGUGUGGGCAUUGCGGUAUAUUUUGUCGUGAUAUCACGACGACAGUCUGCGUCAUAG